AUGAGACAUUUACAGGAUCUGAUUGUCAGCGCCAUCCUCCGCAUACUACCCCGAGAUUCCUUGUCCGAAGGCCUAAGGGCCAAGAAGCGCACUCUAGCUAUUGAUCGCGCACUCAAGAAAGAUACGAUGUAUCACUUUCCCCCGUAUAAUGUCCUACCACUCGGCGAUGCACACGCGAUAAGGGAUUUUAUUGAGGACCUCAAAAGGAAUGACAAUCGAGCGAAUUCCACGAAAACGGAGCGUCUCGACUACCGUGAUGAUAUAUACCGAUUUGUCAUAACGUGUGCCAACCAGUUGUUUAAGGCCGUCGAUGAGCGGGCUGAUGUUCGGAACCAAGUGGAGCGCGUUGACGAACACCACAAACGACUGCUGCAUCAACUCAACCACUGUCAUUCCGGAUCAGACAAUUUGGACGAUCAAAUUGGAGGAGCAAUAGCGGCAUUGUGGAACGUCGAAAGGAUAAAAACCGCGUUCAAAUCCCACUAUGCAGUAGAGUGGGUAGGCUCGGCAUCCUACUUCUUCGACAACAUCCUCCGGCUGACUGCGCCAAAUUACUUGCCUACCGAGACCGACAUUCUCCACGCGCGGAAAGGCUUCUACGCCGGCAUAACCGAGCUUCACUUCAGCCUUCCUAAUAUGUCUUUGAACUUCCUGGACGUCAGGCUUGGAGGCGAGAGACGCAAAUGGAUACAUCAAUUUGACGAUGUUCCUGUGAUCCUCUUCAUAGUGAAUCUUUGUUCCUACGACCAACUACUCUCUGGGUCUAACACGAUCAAGAGUAUGAUCACACUAUUUGAAUCAGUAGUGAACAGGGAGAGAUGGAGGGAUGCAACGUUUGUGGUUUUCUUGAGUGGCGUCACCGAAUUUAGGCGGAAAUUGGGUGCAUCGGAUUUUGGAGAGUAUUUUCAGGACUACAAUGAAUUGAACUGCGAAGGAGAUGAGAUAGAGAAGGUGAAGCGGUAUCUGGUGAGGGAGUUUGAGAAGGUCAACAAGGAAGGAGCUUGGGUACGGAUAGCUUUCGUGGAUUCGGGCGGUCAGGGGAAUAUUGGGGCUGUUGGGGAUGCUGUAAAGGACAGCAUGCAAGGCGUAAGGUGUAAAUGA